AUGAGCAACUCCAGCAGUGCCUUGGUGACCGAGUUUGUUCUGCUGGGCUUCCCAGAGCUGUGCCACCUGCAAGGGCUGCUGCUUGGGUCAUUCCUCACCAUCUAUCUGGUGACUGUCCUGGAGAACCUGGUUGUCGUGGGAACCAUCCGUGCCAGCCGCCAACUGCACACACCCAUGUAUUUCUUCCUGGGCAACCUGUCGGUGCUGGAGACCCUCUACACCUCAGUCACCGUCCCCAAGCUGCUGGCCAUCCUUGCCGGGGCCAGAGCCAUCUCCUUCUCCAGCUGCCUCACUCAGCUGUUCCUCUUCCUCUCUCUGGGCUCCUCAGAGUGCUUCCUCCUGGCCACCAUGGCCUGUGACCGCUACCUGGCCAUCUGUCGCCCACUACAGUACCCAGCCAUCAUGGGCUCCCGGCUCUGCCUGUGCCUGGCCCUCAGUGCCUGGCUUGGUGGCUUCCUGGCCUCCUGUGUGUCCACAGCACUCAUCACUCGCCUCAGGUUCUGUGGCUCCAACAUCCUCAACCACUUCUUCUGUGACAUCUCACCCCUGCUGCAGCUCUCCUGCUCUGACACCACUGCCAUUGAAAUGCUGGACUUCGUGGCAGCCCUGGCAGUGCUCGCAAGCUCCCUUCUGGUGACCGCCUUCUCCUAUGCCCACAUCCUGGCCACAGUGGUGAGGGUUCGUGGAGGCGCCGGCCGCCGGAAGGCCUUCUCUACCUGUGCCUCCCACCUGGUGGUGGUGGCAAUCUUCUACACCACCACCAUCUUCAUGUAUGCCCGACCUCGCGCCAUCAGCUCCUUUGCCCUCAACAAGCUGGUGUCUGUGGUCUAUUCGGUCAUGACUCCCCUGCUCAACCCCCUCAUCUACUGCCUACGAAACCAUGACAUCAGGGAGGCCCUUGCCAAACUUCUCCGGGCCCCCAGCUCCUCAGCACAACUGGCGGAGGCCUCGCGCGCAGACCCCGGGACCCGGCUCCGUGCUCCGGAGAGGGGCUCGCCACCGCCCGCCCCUUGCCGCCGGGCCGCGGCCCCUGGAGCUACCGAGGCCUGCGUGGGCUCCGAGCCAGAGAGCCAGGCGCACGACCCCUUCCGGGGACACCCGCGCCAAGUAUGA